UGUUGAAAAUACGUACUUAAUUCUAGUUGUCUUUUUUGUUUUACGUUUCCUGCAAAUUACUUUUCGGUAUCUAACGUUUUGGAAAACACUUAAUUAAACCUAUUUGGUUUUAAGAACUACUUUAUUUUUUAAUCAUAAUAGAGCGGAUAAAUUGGACUAAAAUAUAUCAUAUAUUCAUAUUUACGUUAUUAAAUUAGUUAAUUUAGAUAAAUUAAUCAUAUGUCAUUAGCAAAUUUUUAAAUUAAAUAUAUUAUGAAUAAAUUGGGCAACUGUUUGCAUUUUAUGCGACUGAAACAUAAAGCAUCAUUAAAUAUUAUAAAUCACUUAUACUCCUCACAGAAACAAAUAUUAAAUUACCUUCCAGCAGUUUCUUAUUUGCCAUCAAGUUUUCUGACGGUAACUAGAUACUUGUCAAAUGACACUCAAACAGAUUUAAAAAAUGUCACAAUUAAUAGUGAUGUUUUGUUAUUAAGUAUAAAAAAAGCUAGCAGUACAAAUGAUGUAUUGGAAAUGUUAAGAAUACACAAUAAUGUUAUGACUCCACUUCAACACAUGGAAGCACUUAAUACUAUUUUUAUUUUGCAAAAGAAACAAUGUACCAAAUUAUCAAAUGAAGAACUGAUUCGUAGUCCAGAGUUUACAGUACUGUGUCGUAAAAUUUUAAAUCAAUCAAGACAUCUUGAUCUUAAUAAUGUUUUAACAAACAUUAAGUGUUUAUCAUAUUUGGGCGUACCUGUAAACAGUAACAUUAUGCAAAUGCUGUUGCAGAUAAUGAGCAAAAUGGUCAAUGAAUUGUCCUUACAACAAAUAAUGUUUCUACAGUUUUUACUGAAAGAUUUAUCAUCGUGUCCAUUAGUUGAUGCUCUUAAACUUGCAUUACCGAUUGUUUUUGAAGCUCAGAUACAAUACAAAAUGAUAGACAACCUAUACUGGCAAGUGGAGUUCCUGAACUAUAUUACAAAACACAAAUUAUCUCAGGGUACAUUUGAUUUUGUCAUGUCGAAAAUUAAUCAAAAUUUUCAUGAAAUAAAUCCUAGUUUAGCCAAAAAUCUAGUCUGUACAUUAUACCAGUAUGGUUAUUCCACUGAACAGUAUAUAUCUAUUAUAAAUAAAUGUUUAAAUAUUUUAAUGAGCCAACCAAAAUGUCAUCUAACAAUAUCUGAUACCGAAGCUAUUUUAUCAAAAAUGAUAAACAAGUAUUUAUUAGUCUCGGAAAUAUUUUAUAACGAGUUGUUUAUAAAUCACACAAUCGAUCAAAUAUUAAAAAAGCAAACGUCAUUUGAAGCAUUAUCAUUUAUUGUCAAAAAAAUUAACAAAGUGGGAUUUGUUCAUUUAAAGCUUCUUGAUCAUUUAACAAACCUUCUAAUUAGUGAACCCGAAAGUCUUAACAAUUGCAAGUUUGGGACUUUAUUUUCAUACAUUGGAAGUUGUUCCAUUGCAAACUAUAUUCCUCCAGGGUUUCACGUGUUAAAACCUUUUAUUCUAAAACGACUAAUCAUGCAAAAGGACAUAUUGGAGUUGCCUUGGUUAAAACUGACUCUAAACUUAGCAGUUUUGGAUUGCUGGUCAGAAGAACUUCUUGAGAAAAUUUUUUCUAGAUCGUUUCUUCAAGCAUUUUUAAAGCGAGAUGACAAUCAACAAGACUAUAAUACUCUACUUCAACUCUACCAAGCCGUAUUGACAUUAUACCCAGGAGGUUACCAAGGGUUAUUACCGCCUAAUGAUAUUUUGGAAAAAGCCAUUAAGGUUUUUCAUCCGAAACUUGAAGAAUACCCUUUAAAAACAGCAUUAGAACAUGGGUUAGGUGGUAAAGAUUAUGUGAUUACACCUAUUCGAAGUAAAUUAGGACAUUUCAUAGAUCAUGUAGUAGUUAUGAGACCUGGUGGUUACUCAGUUGCAAUUAAAAAAGAAAUCAAGGAUAAUACAUCUGAUAUAUUAUUAGAAGACGUUCUCAACAUUGGUGGCGAUAAUAUGGUUCUAUGUGUAUUACUUAACAGACCUACGAAUUUUGUAUCAAAUAUUGAACGCCUGAAGGGUCCAAAUGCUCUAAGAAUGAAAACCAUAGAAGCUUUGGGUGUAACAGUAGUACCCGUGUCUGAAAUCUAUUGGAACAGUCUAAUUGGUUACGAAAAGAUACCAUACAUCAUGCAAGAAUUAAAGUCCAAAUCCAAUUUGACUGAAAACCAUUUAACUAGCUAGAUUUUCUUUUUUAAUUUGUUAGUUAUAACUUAUACACUAUAUUAAUACUUGUAGGGUGUAAUUAUAUAUGUAUAAUAAAAUUUGAUUAUCGAAUAAAGUA